CCAUUCCACCGCUUCUCCAGGUUUACUCUUCUCUUUUCACGUUGCCCCUCGUCUCUUUCUCUUUGGCUUAAACGUAGAGCAUCUCGGCCAAAUCCUUCACCUCUUCUCUCAGUCUUGCUCUCUCUGUUCGUAGCCUCUGCUGGCUCAAGUAUUGGCUUCUAAAGCUUGAGACUGAUUUUUUUUAUUGAGAAUGGAAGAAGACAAGAAUUUUAAGGAUUUGGGAAUAUGCGAACAAUUGGCUGAGGCUUGUGAUAAUUUGGGAUGGAAAAUUCCAACGAAGAUACAGGCCGAAGCAAUUCCUCACGCACUUGAAGGAAAAGACUUGAUUGGACUUGCACAAACGGGUUCUGGUAAAACUGGAGCGUUUGCUCUUCCCAUUUUGCAAUCACUUUUAGAAUCUCCACAAGCAUUCUUUGCUUGUGUGCUGUCCCCAACAAGGGAGCUUGCAAUUCAAAUUGCUGAGCAUUUUGAAGCUUUAGGAGCUUGCAUUGGUGUAAAGUGUGCUGUGCUUGUUGGAGGGAUAGACAGGGUACAACAGACUAACAACCUUGCAAACCGGCCACAUAUUAUUGUUGGAACACCUGGACGUCUUGUUGAUCAUCUUUCCAACACGAAAGGUUUUUCGCUUCGCACACUAAAGUAUUUGGUUCUAGAUGAGGCUGACAGGUUGUUGAAUGAGGACUUCGAGAAACCAAUUAAUGAAAUUUUGAAUGUUAUUCCUCGUGAACGGAGAACGUAUCUAUUUUCUGCCACUAUGACCAGUAAGGUUAAGAAGCUCCAAAGGGCUUGUUUAAGAAAUCCUGUGAAGAUUGAAGCAGCAUCAAAAUAUUCUACUGUUGACACGCUAAAGCAGCAGUUUUGCCUUUUGCCAGCUAAAUACAAGGAGUGUUACCUUGUAUAUAUUUUGACUGAGAUGUCUGGAUGUACAUCAAUGGUUUUCACUCGUACCUGUGAUGCAACUCUUUUUCUUGCUAUGAUGCUUCGACAUCUUGGUCUCAGGGCCAUUCCAAUUAAUGGUAAAAUGACCCAGUCGAAGAGAUCUGGAGCCUUAAAUCAGUUCAAGGCAGGAGAGUGCAAUAUUCUUAUCUGCACUGAUGUGGCAAGUAGAGGACUUGACAUUGAGCUUGUUGAUAUGGUUAUCAAUUAUGAUAUUCCCACAAGCUACAAGCUUUAUAACCAUCGAGUGGGGAGAACUGCUCGUGCAGGAAGAUCGGGUGUUGCAGUCUCUUUAGUGAAUCAGUAUGAGUGGGAAUGGUUUGUACAGAUAGAGAAUGAUAUUGGCAAGAAGAUAUCACAGUUUCCUUGUCAAAAAGAGGAAGUCCUGCUAUUCAUGGAGCGCGUCACAGAGGCCCAAAGAAUAGCUAGGGUGCGUAUGAAAGAUUUAGGAGGCAGGAAGGAGAAGCAAGGAGGAGACGAUGGUGAGGAGGCUAUGGACAGAUACUUAAAGCUCAGAAAUGGGAAGUCUUCGAAGAAGAUGAGAAAAUGAAUAUAGGAGAUAGCAAAUUUUGUUGGAGUUUUUAAAUGUUUUAUAUCAUUAGAAUUUUUUUUUUUUGGAGUUGUGUUGGGAAGAUAUUUGUGUCUAUAAGUACGUAUACAUUUAAUGCAAAUUUUGUUAAGUUCAAA